AUGGGCUCAACAAUGCACCUGGCCGGUCCAAGUCUGGCGAUUUUCACAGUCUCUAUCGUGAUGAUGGUCGUUUCUAUCGUGGCCGUUUCGCUCAGGACCUUUGUGCGACUUUACAUCGUUCGAGCCUUUGGCUGGGAUGAUGCCAUCAUGCUGGCAGCGCUGGUAUUAUUUGUGGUGUUUGACGUGUGCUGCUUCAUCGGGGCAAUGAAUGGGCUUGGCCGAAGUCGCACCGAUUUCACAAGUUAUGAGGGCUAUAGAACGGCUCUUCUGUAUUGGUGGCUAUGUCAGAUUUUCUACACCUGGUCAUCCGCACUAGCCAAAAUAUCUAUCGCCGUCGCCCUCCUUCGAUUAACAGUCAAGAGAAUUCACCGCAUCAUAAUCUGGAGCAUCAUCGCUCUAACAAUCGCCGUCAGUCUUAUGUUUUGGCUGGUUAUGCUUCUUGAUUGCCAUCCGAUUUCCUACUUUUGGGACUAUGCGGACCCUUCAAAAUCAGGCACCUGCAUGUCCACCACUAGUUUGGUCAAAGUUGCAUAUAUUUACAGCUGCUUGACGAUUGUGUGCGAUUUGACGCUUGGCUUACUACCUAUUUUCCUCGUCUGGAAGCUACAGAUGAGCCACCGGACGAAGAUUGCAGUUGGAGGAAUUCUCAGCAUGGGCGCGAUUGCGAGUGUUGCGGUCAUUGUGCGAAUCCCGUACCUCCACUUCUAUGCCGAUACCAAUUUUCUCCAUUCUACAUUCCAAAUAGCCAUCUGGUCGGUCGUAGAAACGGGUCUCGGAAUCACGGCUAGUAGCCUAUUCACUCUCCGUCCUCUCUUCCGCUGGCUUCUCGAUGAAAAGCUAUCAUAUGGUCGAAACUCACGCAGUGCUGGAAGAGGAUAUAACAAAUACCCGCUCUCAAGUCUUAACAAUGAUGGUUUGAGGGUUUCUCCAGGAAUUCGGUCUACGAACAAUCGGUCUGGGGGAGAAAACAGGGUGACCAAUACUGUCACGAUUCCGCCAUCGUGCGAUUUCAUCACUGCUAAUAGCAGCGAGGAGGCUUUGUACCCCGAUACAAGCCCCGUAAGCUCGAGAAACUAUGUCACGGUGCAAAGGACCUUUGUACAGACUAUUUCAGAAAGACCAAAAUAG